GGACGACAAUGAACUGAUAUCGGUCUGCAAUAACCUAAAGCAGCUGCAGCAAGUGAUGGUGCAAAUAAAUUCGGUCGUUGAAGGAGUUACGGAUAAAAGCUUAACCGAGAGGAUGACGGACAUGUCUUACCUGGAAUCCGCUCAGAUGCAUUUAAUGAUGGCAGAAAUCUCCAUCAACCUGUUUUACUCAUAUUUGAGAAGUAAGGGCGUCGAUGUCGAAAAUCAUCCUAUUAAACGCGAAAUGGAGCGACUGGAGAAAUAUAAAGAAAAGGUGAGAGAGGUGGUCGAAGGAAAACAAAAGCCUUCUAUGCGUAUUGACACUGAAGCGACGGCUCGAAUUAUCCAGCACAGCUUAGGUGGUUCACAGUAGUCUUGGGAGUCAUUGU